AUGCAAAAACGAAAUUUCCUAUUCUCGAUACCUCGGAGCGCCUCGAAUUUACUCGUUCGCAUAUUGAACCUUGAAAAUCAACCAGACAUUCUCGCUGGUGGGAGAGAUGGCGGCUACUUCUUCUUCGAUGUGCAAGAGAAGAUUUUUGACAUGAACCUGUCAAACGAUGUCAGAACUUGGACUGCGCAGGAGACAAGUAUCGUCCAGGAAGCUAUUCAAACAGCUGUAGAAGCAAUGACCCAACAUAUCGACACAGCUGAGCAACAAGGCAAAGGCGUUUUCGUUAAAGAGCACGCGAUCUGGGUUGUGGAUCCGGUUUCAGCUUGCCAAUCCUCCUUCAAGGGAAACGAUUUCCAUACGCAGCGAUUUACUGCUGGCAAGUGUGGACUUUCGUAUCCUGGAGGAGGCGCAUCCUUGUCCAACAUAUCUAUAUUUUCCGAUGCCUUCCUCCAGACCCUUUGUCCGACUUUCCUCAUACGCCACCCUGCCCUUAUGAUUCCUUCAUACGUUCGCGCAGGCAGAGAUAUGGGCGGAGAGGAAAUGAUCAUCACGACAGAGUGCUCAUUGCGUUGGUCACGACAGCUGUACGACUGGUUUACGCAGAAUAAGUCUGGGGAUGACAGUCCACUCCCUGUCGUACUCGAUGCCGAAGACAUAAUAUCACAGCCGACAAUUAUCAAGAAAUACAGUCAGCUAGUAGGGCUCGGUACAUCAGAGCUGCAGUUCACAUGGGACAAGACAACAGACGAAGAGAUCAACAUCUGCGACCCCUUGAAGCGUCGCAUGACUGACACACUCAACGCAUCAUCAGGCAUCAUCAACACAACGAAUUUGACCGGGACAGGCUUACAGAUUGAUAAGGAAGUAGAGAAAUGGAAGUUAGAAUUUGGAGCAGAUCUGGCAGCACGUAUAGAGGAAAGUGUUCGAGCAUCUCUAGACGAUUAUGAGUAUCUUAGAACGAAACGGUUGACGUAG